UUCUCUCCGGGUUCCACCUGCAGCCAAGUACCCGGCCAUCAAGGCCCUGAUGCGGCCGGAUCCUCAUCUCAAGUGGACGGUACUGGGGCUGGUGCUGGCGCAGCUGCUGGCCUGCUGGCUGGUGCGGGGGCUGGCGUGGCGCUGGCUGCUCUUCUGGGCCUACGCCUUCGGGGGCUGCGUGAACCACUCGCUGACGCUGGCCAUCCACGACAUCUCGCACAACACCGCCUUCGGCACGGGCCGCGCCGCCCACAACCGCUGGUUCGCCGUCUUCGCCAAUCUGCCCAUAGGCGUGCCCUACGCCGCCUCCUUCAAGAAGUACCACAUAGACCACCACCGCUACCUGGGUGGCGACGGGCUGGACGUGGACGUGCCUACACACUUCGAGGGCUGGUUCUUCUGCACGCCGGCCCGCAAGCUGCUCUGGCUGGUGCUGCAGCCCUUCUUCUACACGCUGCGGCCGCUGUGGGUGCACCCCAGGGCCGUGACCCGCAUGGAGGUCUUCAACACCCUGGUGCAGCUGGCGGCCGACGCCACCAUCUUCGCCCUCGGUGGGCUCAAGCCCGUGGUCUACCUGCUGGCCAGCUCGCUGCUGGGCCUGGGCCUGCACCCCAUCUCGGGCCACUUCGUGGCUGAGCACUACAUGUUCGUCAAGGGCUACGAGACCUACUCCUACUACGGGCCCCUCAACUGGAUCACCUUCAACGUGGGCUACCACGUGGAGCACCACGACUUCCCCAGCAUCCCCAGCUGCAGCCUGCCCCUGGUAGGUGGCCACGGCCGACAGGGCUGCGGUGGGCGAGGGCUGCGCGGGCGUCUUAGGAGGUGGGGAGGUGUGGGGAGGGCCCUGGGCCACGCUCUGGCCUCCUUUUCCUUUCGUGCUGAUCGUGGGAUGGCUGCGUUCUGA